AUGUAUUAAAAACAUUCUCAGGAUUUAGUAAUAUGCAAAGAUAAUAGAAGUACAUAGAGUGCUCAUAAGUGUAGAGGUGGAGAUUCGCCUCAAAAAUUAUAUCAAAAUCUAACACAUAAGAAUUCCAACCAAUCCAAGGACAUUCAUCUCCUUCAAAACAAUCAAAUGAGACCAACUCAUUAUUUGCAAACUUCCAUUGAUGUUCAUGAGUUGAAUAGGUCUUAAAAGGCCAGACACUCUCAUCAAAGAAUUAAAACAGAAAUUGACAGAUCAAUGGACUUGAAUAAGAGAAUCUACCCAAAAGUUCUCUCUGUAUUAUUACAUAAGAUCGAAAUCCCAAGAAACAAUUAGAAUGCUCUAGAGAAGAUUUCAACAAAACAAUUAAAUUAAAUUAAGGAAGUAUAAAGAGAUAUCUAGGAUAGCCACCACAAAUACUUCUUUUAACCUGAUAUAAAACCAUAACUUUCGAUUAAAGCUAACAAUUAUCUAAAAAUAAAUCCUUAGGCCAACUUUUAGGACUCUACUUUGGAUGACCUCUCUUAAAUCCAUCAUUAGCAAAAUAAGUUAAAUGAUAUAAGAAGGAACACAAAUCCUAACCAAUUAAAGAAAUCAUUAUUUUAAUAAAUAUAAGAUUUUAAUUUAAUUAGAUUUGAUUAAAUUCAUUUAGCUAAGGAAGAAGAUUAUAUGAAGUUUUCCUUUGGAUUUCAAUACAAUCAAGUAAGGUCUACUAAAAAGUUUCCAAAAGAUGUAUUUUACAAUGAUGUAAGGAAAGCCAAAAAGAAUUUAUCGAUGUAAUGAAACUCAUUAAUUUCCUUAUCAUUUUUUCUACCAUUUUAAA